UUGAUGCAUCUAUGGAAGGAAAAGGAAAGGUGUCCCAAAUUAAAAUAUAAUUUAGUUCCGUCCUCAGUUUCUUUCCAUAAUCUGGUGACUCUAGAAGUUCAAGGAUGUGAUGGAAUCAUAAAAUUAGUUGCAUAUUCCACAGCCAAAAGCCUAGUGCAGCUUAAAGAAAUGAAGAUAUGCUUGUGCGAGAAUAUAGAAGAAAUAAUACAAGGUAGCGGGGAUGAUGAAGAUGAAGUAAAGGAUGAAAUCAGUUUCCCCCAACUCAACCUUUUGGAACUUAUUGGGCUAUCAAAGCUAGAAAGCUUCUGCUCAUCAGGGAAUUAUACCUUUGGAUUCCCAUCAUUAUUAACUGUAAUUCUGGAAAAUUGCCCGAAGAUGAAGAUGUUUUCUCAAGGAGACUCAAACACACCAUUUUUGCACAAAGUGCGGUUACAGAAAUGGGAAAAUGAUGAACGUUGGGAAGGCAACCUUAAUAGCACCAUACAGCAACUGUUCAAAGAAAAGAAUUCUACCAUAGAGGAAGUGCAGAAUUACAUUGAAGAUUAAGACAAUCUUUCAGCUUCUAAGACCCAAUGAUCCAAUUAAGUGCUUGCUUCAUCACAAAUUCACAAAUGCAGGGGGUUCUAAUUCCUAUUUCCUUAUACAUUAUAUGUUCCAUUUGAUCAACCUGUAAAUGGUCACAACUUCUUGCUUGAGGCUUUUAUGUUUAGCUAAUUAUAGCUUGCCAUGUAUUAAUUCGAUCAACCUUUGAAGUGAUAGCAUAUGUACUAGGUACUUCUCUAUUUUUAAUGAUUUGGGCAACCUAUUUUAUGUUAAAACUUGAAAGAAAACUCAAGUCAGAUUUAUUCAUUU